AUGUUGAAGUUCAAUCCAUGCAGCAACAGAACCCUAAUCUAUCUCAGAUCCUUAACUUCCCCACAACCAUCACCAUUCUCCCUGCAUUUCUCCACCAACACUUCCGAUUCAACCCCAUUCGAAGUCUCCUACCUCAUCCACAAUUUCGAUUUCUCCCCACAAUCUGCUUCCAAACUCUGCUCCACCUACCGUCUCGGUUUCAAAACCACCCAAAACCCUGACUCCGUUCUCAACUUCUUCAGAAACCACAAUUUCUCUAAUUCCCAAUUACGCAACAUGAUUGCCAAGGCACCGUGGCUACUUUCCUGCAACCUCUCCAAAAGGUUAUCGCCAAAGUUUGAAUUUUUUCUCUCCAAAGCUCACAAUCCGUCUUUCUUUGGAGACAGCAAUGUGCCACAAAAUAUCAGAUUGCUCAUUGAGAAUGGAGUAGCUGAUGCAAACAUUGCGAGAAUUCUUCGGAUCAGGACUCGGACACUCCAGCUAUGA